CCUAUGCGGCAUUCUCUGCAACAGUCUCUGCAAAAGUGGUUCAGAUAUUUCAUCCUUUAGACACACAUACCCACUACCAAUGUCUCGACCUGGCAGUAUCAACUUAAAAAAUGCCUUUUUCGAAAGUACUGGAUCAGCUGGAGGUACUUCCAUCUAUAGGAAGUCAUCCCUCAAAAAAUACCGGACACCCAGCGUCCAUGGAGGAGCUGGUGGCUCUGGCACCCGAAUUUCAUUUGGCAGUAACCACGGCAGCUCCUUUGGCAGUGGUUUGCAACGCAGCACUUCCAUAAAUGAACUGCUGUUUGCCACCAAUGAGAAAAGUACCAUGCAGAAUCUGAAUGACCGUUUGGCUGCAUACCUGGAAAAGGUGCGCGCCUUAGAAAAUUCAAACUCUGUUCUUGAAAACCAGAUCCGGGAGUGGUACGAAAACAGUUCCCCUGUUGCUAAGCAAGACUACAGUGCCUACUUUAGAAAAAUUGAAGAACUCCAAAAUGAGAUUACUAAAGCCCGACUAGACAACACCAAGAUCAUCUUGCAGAUUGACAAUUCCAAGCUGGCUGCUGACGAUUUCAGAGUAAAAUAUGAAUGUGAGCUGGGGCUGCGACUAAAUGUGGAAAAUGACAUCACAGGACUGCAGAGACUAAUUGAUGAGCUCACACUAGUUAGGACUGAUUUGGAGCAGCAAAUUGAAGGUCUGAAAGAGGAACUGGCUUACCUCAAGAAAAAUCAUGAGGAGGAAACAGGAAGAUUAAACCGACAGCUAAGCGGGAAUGUGUCUGUAGAGGUAGAUGCUGCUCCAGGCGUUGAUCUGGCCCAGCUGAUGGAAAACAUGCGCCAGCAAUAUGAAGUCAUGGCUGAAAAGAACCGUCAAGAGGCUAAGAAUCGGUUUGAUAAACUGAUUGAACAAUUGAACGUGGAAGUCACCACAACUACCCAUCAACUUGAAACACACAGAAGUGAGAUUACAGACCGGAAGCGUAUACUCCAAGGCCUGGAGAUUGAACUCCAAUCUCAACUGAGCUGGAAAACUGAACAAGAGAAUGCGGUGGCAGAAACUGAAGCUCGUUACAAGACAAUAUUGAUUCAAAUUCAAAUGGCCAUUGGAAAUCUUGAGGCACAACUAACGCAGCUGCGGAAUGACAUGGAGCAACAAAGUAUGGAAUACUGCAGCCUCUUGGACGUUAAAGUCAAGCUAGAAGCAGAGAUUGCCACUUAUCGCCGUCUACUGGAAGGGGAGGAUUGGAGAAUGAUUGUUACAGAUUUAGAGACGAGCAAAGAAGAAAUUGAAAAAGAAAAGAAUAAAGUUCUGAGGAUCAAGACUGUGGUUGAAGAGAUGGUGGAUGGGAAAGUAGUAUCCUCCCAAGUUAACGAGAGGGAAGAGAAGAUGUAGAGUCAACCAUGAAAUUAAUUGCAUGUUAUGUUUGUAAUGGCAAAAAAAAAAAAAAGAUUUCAAAAAUUGUCUUCCUGAAAGAUGAGAAAAUGCUUUGCUGUCAACUUAAAAUUAGCAUUCCCCAAUCCAGUGUUCUCCAAAUGUCUACCAUAACUGGAAGGCAGAAAAGGUUGAUUUAGAAAGAGAAAUCUGCUCUAAAAGAAUGAUUUGAAUCAUGUUAUUUAUAUAUAAUUUCUUAUUUUGUAAUUUAGUUACAAGAACAGAAAGUCUUUGUUUCCUCACUGGCUGCAUAACUGUGUGCUUGUUGUGUUAAAGCCAUUUGCCCCAUUGAAUGAUUUCCCCAGGGUUUCGGUUCCCUGAGGCAAGGGAUGGGCAGAGGUUUUGGUCCAGAGAACUGCCCCAGACAUCAAGCAAAUCCUCUCAGAUAUGCCCUUGAGCAUACACAGCACUGUGCACACAAAGCACUUAGCACAUGUCCAAUCCAUGACAUUUGGCACAUGCUUCGUCCUAUAGUCAUGCACACUCCUUAGUUUUAAAAAUUAAAUACGACAAAAGGGAAGCCAUGACACUUUCUUCCCAGCAAAGGGAUAUGUUACUAUUACUGCAUUCUUGCUGCUCUGAAUCCAUUGGUUCCCCCCUCUUCCCAGUGAAGGAUCUACUUCAUUCCAGGACUAAGGCUGGUUUCACAGGGAAAAUGGAAGGAUUCACAUCACUAUUCACAGACAGCUUCUGGGAACUGCGGGCAGACCAUGGACUACAAAUUGACCAUUCCUGUCUGAGGAAGUAUAUUGGAUUGAGUGGUAGUGGAAUUUUGUGCCAUUUGAUAAGUCACUCAUGAUUCAUGUUCUCUUAAUUUUGAUGGGAAUUCCGUGAAAUUAAUGGAAAGUUCAAACUCAGAUUUAUUAAUCAAAAUAAGUUCCAGCAUAAAACUGGUUCCAACCCAACUGCUUAAUCAGUCAUCCAUAUUAAAAUUUGGCAUUCCAAAAUCCUUGGUACUAAAUAGAGGUAAGUGUUAGUAAACACCUGGGCCUUAGAUUGUGGAGAAAGCUUUAAAUAGAAAAAAAAAAGGACUAUUUUUAAAAUAUGAUUCUAUAAAACAUGUCAGCAUCAGUUAAUAUGAUGGAUGGUUCCUAUUACUUGUUUUUCUGUAAAUGAUGUAGCUCUAAAAAGCAUUUUGUUUGACCCUGUCUUCUUCCUGCAAUAUAUGAUUUUAAAUUCUAAAGUGGAAAAAAAACUAUAUGUCAAAAUAGUAAUGAUUGUAUUUUAAUUUUUAAAAAAUCUGUAAAUCAGGGAAACAUAAAUUUACUUGAUUAGCAAUUACAA